AUGGUCGCAUCGGCACUGGGCCGUGCCUCGUUCCAGGCGUGGGCAAGAGCAAGUGCUGCUUCCACCAGCUCAACGCUCGCCCUGACACCGUCUUCUUCGUCUAGGAUCACAGCAGCUGUUCAGAGUUCGUUCCGCAAUCACCGCUCUCUUCAUGCUGUGUCCUCCACUGCCCAGGUCAUCAGCACCCCGCUUCUACCCACAUCGGCAUCCGCUUCGCGCCCCGCAUCGGCAGCACCUGCCAAGGUGACGCGAAAGGAACGCAGGACAGCCAUCAAGCAACAGCGCAAGGACGCCAAACGUCGCAUUGCCGAGUCCUCCGUCUCUGCACGAUUGGGUGUCUCUACCACCAACACUUCGCCGUUUGUGCGCAAAGAUCGACAGUUCAAGACGUUCAAACCCAUCACGCGCUCGAUUCGAUGGUUGAGGCAGCCGCUCAACGAGCACUUGCACCAGGGCAACCCGGAACGAUCGCUCACCAUCGCCAAGCGCGGUACAGCGGGUAGGAACCACCACGGCCACGUGACAGUGCGCGGUCGAGGUGGCGGACACAGGCGUAGGAUCAGGCUGGUGGAUUUCUACAGGUGGGAGAGCGGAGAGCAGGAGGUGCUGCGCAUUGAGUACGACCCCGGUCGCAGUGCGCACAUUGCUCUGGUGGAGCACAAGCAGACCAAAGCGAAGAGCUAUAUUUUGGCGCCGGAUGGAUUGAGGGCCGGCGAUACGGUGCAGAGCUACCGAAGUGGACUCAAGGGCGACGCUGUAGCAGCAGCUACGUCGAGCAGCAAUGUUGUCGACGAAGUUGUGUCUUCGCCUGAUGGCAAUGUGCUGUCGACGGACCCUGCUGCGCCUCAGACUGCUUCUGCGUCGACGGCUGCUGUCCCUGCUACUGGUGGUGCCACGAGCUCGUCGCUCGACCUGGGUAUUUUCCGUACGCAGGCGAUUCGACCAGGUAACUUUCUGCCGCUCAACCUCAUCCCCAUUGGAACUACGAUCCACUCAAUCACAAUGCAUCCGCUCGGACCUGCCAAGAUGGUGCGUUCCGCGGGCACGUUCGGCCAACUCGUCGCCUUCUCCGGACGCAGCGGAGCAGGCGAGUCGCAUGCGCAGGUUCGUCUGCAGAGCGGCGAGGUGCGACUCAUCCCCAGCGACUGCUGCGCGGCCAUUGGCACGGUUAGCAACAAGGAUCACCAGCAUCGAAGGUUGGGUAAGGCGGGUAGGAGUCGGUGGCUGGGUAGGAAGCCGAAGGUCCGUGGUGUGGCCAUGAACGCGUGCGACCACCCGCACGGCGGUGGUCGUGGUAAGAGCAAGAGUAACAUGCACCCGCGAUCUAUUUACGGGCACUUGACGAAGGGUCCGAGGACGAGGAAGCCUGGUACGCGGGGUGCGAACCAGAUGGUUGUGCGCGAGCGACCACGUAGGAACGGUAAGCGUCUGGGCAAGCCUUGA